UCAGAUCCGACAAAUCAUCACCAAAUGUUGUUCUCUCAUAUGUUAGAAGAAGAUACCAAGUUAUCUAUUGAUCGCAGUGAGGUUGUAUACAAGUAGUUUCCUUAGAUCUUUUGCAUGCACCAAAUCCACCUGCUACCCAAACAGGCAGGCAGUCUUCUCAGAUGUCCCUUUGGUUUUCCUUGAUGUCUUGUGCUUUCUUCAGUAUUUGAGGCAUCGGUCAUACGCAAGAGAGGCAGCACUCCAUGAAAGGUCUCAUCUAACAAGUCCGAGCACAAGGAAGUUGAGCGUCGAAGGAAGAGGAGAGGUGGCAUGGAAGGCAACAUGAGGGAGGCUUUGCUGCCGGGGUCUUCGCAGCAGCCUCUUUAUCCAUCAUCACUCAUCGGGCGGAUGUAUGCUGGCCAUUUUCUUGCAAGAUGGGGUGCCAGAAUGUGGGAAUUCUCGGUGGGAUUGUACAUGAUAAACAUUUGGCCAGAUUCUUUGCUCUUCACUGCUCUUUAUGGUGUGAUUGAAUCUGCUUCUACAGCAUUAUUUGGUUCCAUAGUUGGAACAUUGGUAGACAAGUUGACCUACUUACAGGUUCUUCGGCUAUGGUUGCUGACCCAAAAUCUGUCUUUUGUGGUUGCUGGAUGCUCGGUGACUGUGCUACUAGUCUACAAUGGUUUGAUGUCCACCGCAUUUGUUAACUUCAUGCUACUAGUUGUUGUGGUUAACAUUUCUGGAGCUGUUGGGAAACUCUCAACUCUUGCUGGUACCAUAUUGAUUGAAAGAGAAUGGGUGGUAGUAAUUUCUACUGGGCAACGGCCGGAGGUCCUGACAAAGAUGAACUCAGUCAUUCGAAGGAUCGAUCUAAUCUGUAAACUACUUGCACCUGUUUUCAGUGGCUUCAUUAUUAGCUUUAUAUCACUCGAAGCCUCAGCAGUGAUUUUGGCUCUGUGGAAUACACUCUCGGUUUGGCUACAGUAUUGGUUGCUAACAUCUGUAUACAAUGGUAUUCCUGCUCUUGGUGAAAGUAGUCAAAGGAGAAAUGCAAAAGUCAUUCCAACUGAUUGUUUAGCUAGCUCAUCAAUUAUUGAGGAGAAUGAAAACUGCAUUUGUCCUGAAGAAAGGAGUACAGUGACAAAAGAAUCCGAUCAGAAGAUCACUGUAGCUGAAAGGCUCUCAGCAAUUCCUUGCUUUGAUGCCUGGGUUAUAUAUUCCAGACAGGAAGUGGUUCUCCCAGGAGUUGCUCUGGCUUUAUUGUAUUUUACAGUCCUAAGCUUUGGAACAUUAAUGACAGCUACUUUGGAGUGGAAAGGUAUACCUGCAUAUGUGAUCGGCUUAGCACGUGGUAUAAGUGCUAUUGUAGGAAUAGCAGCUACAGUAGUAUACCCAAUUGUACAUUCACAUAUAUCAACACUGCGAACUGGAUUAUGGUCAAUUUGGAGUCAGUGGUGCUUCUUGCUGGUAUGUGUUGCUUCUGUUUGGAUGCAUAACAGCAUAACUUCAGCUUGGAUGUUAAUGGGCGGAGUUGCAGCAUCACGGCUUGGACUGUGGAUGUUUGAUCUUGCUGUUAUGCAGCAAAUGCAGGAUCAAGUUCCUGAAUCUGAUCGAUGCAUCGUGGGAGGGGUCCAAAAUUCAUUACAGUCUAUGUUAGACUUGCUGACUUUUGUGAUGGGGAUAGUCAUUUCAGAUCCAAAGGAUUUUGGUCAAUUGGUGCUCUUGUCAUUCUUGUUAGUAUCAUCAGCUGCUGUGCUGUAUACAAUCCAUGUAUAUCGCGUCCGAAAACACCUUUUUCACUUUGACAAGCUGUUAGCAAAGAUCUACUGACAGAGAAAGGAAGAAUAACUGCUAAUUCUUGCUGGAUGAUCACAGAGUCUGAGUUCAAGCAUACUUUAGCUGGGUGGCUAAGGUGACAAAAAAAAUGAGUCAUUUCACUUUAUAGAAUAAGAGCAAGCAAAGUGUUGUAGUGAAGUGCAUUUGGCUUGUUGAAUCCUGGUUCAUAGUCAUCUGUAUCAUAAUUAAUGUGAUUUUGCUGAUCUUAACUGAGGAAGGUUUCUGUUUCCUUCCUAGACACCUUUCUAUGCUGAAAUUUAGUGCUACACAUUGUGAUUGUCAUUGUAAUCAAUUGCUUUGAGGGAGUGUGUGGGAAUUGCAUGUUAUCUUUUGUCUAUAAGUUUUAAUCCUGUUCAUGAUUGGAUUACAAAGA